UCUUUAAUAGAAGCGGCCAUUGAGCUGGUAAUAAGCAUGUAGAGGAGCGAAAGCGGUUUAAUCGAACCAAGAAGACACCGAUUAAAGGGGAUAUAAGAACCGGUGUCCGGAUACUAUUUCAGUGGAACCUUGUUACUGAUUUCGGAAGGAGCUAUCCCACUACGAUCCACCUUGCCUUUACGCAGACACGCUUCAGUGGCGCUCACAUAAAACACAUUCGCCGGGUAGGAAGGUCUGGAGGGGGUGAUUUUUAUAGAACACGGCGAGCGAUGCGCCUGGAAUUGUGGCUUGACGAACACAGACAGUAAUGGGUCGAUAUAUUCAAUUAAAUAUCGGUAGGCUAUAACGUUGAUAGACAAUUCUUUUUUUUAUUUGAUAGAAGGUUGGAGCUUUCGGUUGCUUAUUCGGUCCACAUAUUUUAUUCAAACUACGAAUGACUCGACUUGUCAAGUGAGCGGCUUCACUUUUUCCUUCAACCAAUUAGCCUCGCGAAUCGCCACUUUCACAAGCAAACAAGGGAGAGGAGCACAUCCACUGUGGCUUUCAACGCAAAACGGAUUUGACCCGGAGGACCCGGAUCCACCGUCCUGGAUUACUGCGGUAGCGGGCCAUUCGGCUGCUGGCCACCGGUAACAGAGGCACCAUGGCCGGCUUCAUCCCGGGUUUACAGCCGACCAGCCAUUCCCAGGAGAAGGAAUUCGCCCAGGCGUACGAAGAUGUUCUGGAGAGAUACAAAGAUGAGCGAGACCGGGUGCAGAAGAAAACCUUCAUGAAAUGGGUCAACAAACAUCUCAUCAAGGUGAGGAAGCACAUCACAGACCUGUACGAGGAUCUGAGAGAUGGACACAACUUGAUCUCCCUCCUGGAGGUCCUCUCUGGAGUCACCCUGCCCAGAGAAAAGGGUCGCAUGCGAUUCCACCGGCUCCAGAAUGUCCAGAUCGCCCUGGACUUCCUCAAACAGAGACAGGUCAAACUGGUGAACAUCCGGAACGAUGACAUCACAGACGGCAACCCCAAGCUGACACUGGGCCUCAUCUGGACCAUCAUCCUGCACUUCCAGAUCUCCGAGAUCUAUGUGAGCGGUGAGUCUGGGGACCUGACAGCUAAGGAGAAGCUGUUGUUAUGGAGCCAGAAGGCCUCCGAGGGCUGGCCUGGCCUCCGCUGUACCAACUUCUCCUCCUCCUGGAGCGACGGGCGCAUGUUCAACGCCCUGCUCCACCGAUUCAGGCCAGAUCUGAUUGACAUGGAGGUGGUUGCUCAGCAGAGUAACCUUGACAACCUGGAGCAGGCCUUUGAGAUCGCCGAGUCGCUAGGGGUGACCAGACUACUGGACGCUGAAGAUGUGGACGUUCCGUCUCCAGAUGAGAAGUCGGUCAUCACAUACGUCUCCUCCAUCUACGAUGCCUUCCCCAAGAUCCCAGAGGGAGGAGAGGGCAUCGCAGCACACGAGGUGGACCACCGCUGGGCAGAGUACCAGUCUCGUUUCUCCAUGCUGCGCCAGUGGAGCCGGCAGCACACGGCCCUCAUGGCCAACAAGAACUUCCCACUGGACCCUGUGGAGCUCAAGGCACUUUACAAUGAGUACGUCCAUUUCAAAGAGACGGAGAUCCCUGCCAAGGAGCUGGAGAAGAGCGGUGUUGAACACCUCUACAAACUGCUGGAGGUAUGGAUGGAGUUUGGGCGCAUCAAGCUGCCCCUGGGCCUGCACCCCAACGACCUGGAGGAGGAGUGGGGCAAGCUGAUCCUGGAGAUGCUGGAGAGAGAGAAGGCCCUGCGGCCCGCUGUGGAGAGACUGGAGUUAUUGCUGCAGAUGGCCAAUAAGAUCCAGAACAUGGCCCUGGACUGUGAGGAGAAACUCACCCUGGCCAAGAACACACUGCAGGCCGACAUGUCCCGGGUGGAAAGUGGCGAGGCGGUGCGUUGUGAGAGGGAGCUGGGCUUGUACCUGCAGGACUGUGAGGUUCUGAUCAGACGGCUCAACGUGGACCUCCAUGUCCUCAGGGACCAGAAGUACUACCAGGUGGAGCAGCUCGCCUUCAGAGUGUCCUGUCUCCACGAGGAGCUGGUCUCUCUCCGGCUCCAGUGCUCCAGCGUCUACAGGAAGGGUCACUUCUCCCCGGUGACGGGGGGAGACCGGACAGCCCCGCGGGGGAGCGACAGUGGUCUCUCCCUGUCCACUGGGGCCCAGACCCUACUGGGGGCAGUGGGGGUGAUGGGGGCAGCCCUGCUCAGGAGACCCAUGUCCCGCUCUCAGCUGGUGGCCAUGUCAUCCUCAGAGGACGAGGGGAGUCUCCGGUUCGUCUAUGAGCUCCUGGGAUGGGUGGAGGAGACACAGGACAUGCUGGAGCGUGCAGAGUCGGGGGCGGACCUGCCCUCCGUAGAGCAGAACCUCCAGGACCACCAGAACAUCCACACUGCCGUGGAGGAGCUACUGCACAGCCUGAAGGAGGCCCGCAACUACGAGACGAAAGUCUCUCGUAACUUCAGAAGCAAUUAUUCUGACACUCUGGCCAAGCUGGAGCAGCAGUACUGCAAACUACUGGAAAACUCAUCGUGGCGUAUGCGCUGCCUGGAGAGCCUGCAUGCGUUUGUGUGUCGCUGUACAGAGGAGCUGAUCUGGCUCAAUGAGCGAGAAGAGGAGGAACUGGCCUACGACUGGAGCCACAACAACACCAACGUCAACGCCAAGAGAGAUCUAUACGCCGAAAUGAGGUCAGAGCUGGAGGAGAAACAGGAAGUGAUGCACUCGCUGCAGGAAACGGCCGACCGGCUCUGUCAGGAGAACCACCCGGCCAAACAGACAGUGGAGGCGUACAGUGCAGCGCUGCAGACCCAGUGGCAGUGGGUACGCCAGCUGUGUGUGUGUGUGGAGCAGCAUCUCAAAGACAAUACUGCCUACUUCCAGUUUGUGAGUGACGCACGGGACUGCGAGACGUACCUGCGUCAGCUCCAGGACACCAUAAAGAGACAGUACACCUGUGACAAGAGCAGCAGGCUGGGCAAGCUGGAGGACCUGCUGCAAGACUCUAUGGAGGAGAAGGAGCAGCUGAUUGAGUACCGCAGCUCUGUGGCCAGCCUGGUGGGCCGGGCCAAGACGGUGGUGCAGCUCCUCCCCCGCAGCGCCGAGAGCACCCUGGGAAGCACCACGCCCAUCCGCGCCAUCUGUGACUACCGGCAGAUAGAGAUCACCAUCAGCCGAGGUGAGGAGUGUGUGUUGGAGGACAAUUCUCAGAGGACUAAAUGGAAGGUGAUCAGCCCCAGUGGGAAUGAGGCCAUGGUGCCGUCAGUCUGCUUCACCGUACCACCGCCCAACCAGGAGGCCAUGGACACCGCCAGCAGGAUGGAGCAGCUGUACCAGAACGUGAUGUCUCUAUGGCACAAUCUACACGUCAGCAUGAAGAGUGUGGUCUCCUGGCACUACCUGCAGAAAGACAUCAGGACCGUCGCCUCUUGGAGCCUGGACACGGUACGUUCCCAGACCCCUGUGGCCAGGGACCAGGCUCUGAACCAUUUGGAGGCCCACCUGGCUGACUUCCUCUCUGACAGCAAAGAGAGCAUCCUCUUCAACCCCGCUGAGAGACGCGAGCUGGAGAGAGACGCCCACACCGCCCAGGAACACUGCCAGGACCUGCUGGUCAACAUGGAGACAGUGGAGAAGGAUGAGUCUGUCUCUCGGUCCUACCUGUCAGAGCUCCAGAACAUUAAACUGCGUCUGGAGGAGGCGGAGCAAAAGCUGAUGCGCGGCAUUCAGACUCUGCCCCCUAGCAACCUAUCGGGCAACAGCGUCGACAACACUGUUCAAAUUGCAGAGCAAGAGAAGCUGCAGUCGGACCUGGAUGGUCUGAAGACCAGUCUUGGCGAGGUGUCGCGUCGCUGUGUGAGUUUCUUUGAGGAGAAGCCCACCUCCUCCACUGUUCCCGUGCUGCGCUCUGAACUCAACCUGGCUGUAGAGAAGAUCGACAGACUACACAACCUCUCCUCUGUCUACCUGCGCAAGCUGAAGACAGUGGAUGUGCUGAUCCACAGCUUGCAGGCCGCAGAGAGCCAGGUGAAGAGGUACGAGAGCAGGCUGAGUGAGGAGGACAUCGUUCCUGCAGACGCCAACGCCAUCCAGGCCCUACGGGAACAACUGGGGACGUGGCAGUCGGAGCUUGAGGACCAGGAGGGGGUGUUGAGCUCCCUGCAGUCGGGGGUGCAGAAGGCCCGGGAGGCGGGGACUCAGCUGAACAGGCUCCACCCAGACCGCAGCCCGGAGCUGGAGCGCUACCAGGAGAAAGCCGCCCAGCUCACCGAGAGGUGGGCCGGAGUCAAGAGACAGAUGGACACACGGCGAGCCGAGCUAAAGGCCCUGGGCUCAGUCCUGCAGCAGUACAGAGACGGCCACUCUGCUCUGAUCCACUGGAUAGAGGAGACCACUGAGAGACAGGAGAACACCCAGCCUGGACAGACUGACAGCAGAGUCCUGUCUGAACAACUGGCAGAACAAACGGCAUUAGUAGCCGAGAUCGAAAAGAACCAGACCAAACUAGACGAGUGCCAAACCCACUCCAAACAGUACUGCACCUCUGUCAAGGACUACGAGCUACAACUGAUGACAUUCAAAGCCUUUGUGGAGUCGACCCAGAAAUCCACUGUUAAGAGGAGGAGGAUGCACUCUUCAUCAGACGCCAUCACGCAAGAGUUCAUGGACUUGCGCACACGCUACACAGCCCUGGUUACCUUGACGACUCAACACGUCAAGUACAUCAGCGAUGCACUGAGGAGACUCGAGGAGGAAGAGAAAGAGGUGGAGGAGGAGAGGCAGCAGAGGGUGGGCCAGGUGUCAGAGCUGCUGGGCUGGGUCAAGGGCCUCCAGGGCCCCUCCGCCGAGUCAUCCAUUGCGGCGCAGCAGGCUGUCGCUGAGCAGUUAGCGGCUAAGAAGGAGGAGGUGGAUCAGGCUAUCAGGAACACCCAAGUCUUCCUGAUGUCUAAACAGGCCAGCAAGUUGUCCCCAGAGGAACGUGUCCAGGUGACCUCCCAGUUGGAUGAGCUGACGGCCACCUACAGCCAGCUGUGUGACCGUUCCACCGCCCGACUGCAACAGCUGGAGCAGGAGCAGGCCAAAGAGGAGCAAAGAAAGAGCCAAGCUGCCAUUGGCGGAGUUAUUGACCUGGGCACCAUGGAAACUGUCCCAGUCUUCCAAGCUGCUCAGCGUGGCCUCAUUGAUCAGGACACCUGCCAUGUCUUAUUGGAGGCCCAGCUCACCAUGGGUGGGUUAUUUCAGCCUGUCUCCCCUGUGAGCCUAUCACUGGAAGAGGGCUUCAACUGUGGCCUGAUUGAUAGUCUCAUCAGCCAAUCUCUAGCAGAGCUGGAGAGUGCCUUGCAUCUUGUCGACCAGACAGAACAACUGGAGGGCCAGCUCCUUCCAGUGGCUGCAGCCAUGGAGGAGGGCCUUAUCAGAGAGGAGUUGGGGCUGCGUAUCCUGGAGCUGCAGAUGAACACAGGAGGCCUGAGGGAGUUGGGAGGAAGAAGACUGACCCUGGAUAGUGCUGGAGAGAUGGGCCUGCUGACCCCAAGGGUCUACACCAAGCUCAGGUCACGGGUCAAUCGGCGGGAGCUCGUUGACCCUAACACAGCAGAAAAGCUGAAUCUGUCUGAACUGCAGCAGCGCUGUGUCCUCAGCGAUGACACCGGCUUGUAUCUGCUGCCAGUCAAACAGCAGCCAGGAGGCACCGUCUGCCUCGCUUCCGGCAGGAAGGUUGGGAUCUUCCGUGCUGUCCAAGAGAAUCUGAUUGACAGGCAAGUUACGGUGAGAUUGCUGGAGGCCCAGCUAUUUGCUGGUGGGAUUGCUGACCCCCGUACGGGACGCCGCCUGACUGUGGAUGAGGCUGUGCGUCACAAUCUGAUGGACCAGGACCUGGCCUGUGCCAUGCUGACCCGCCAGCUGCAGAGUGGUGGGAUACUAGACCCUGUAAGUGGGGAGCGCCUAGGGUUGGAGGAAGCCAUCCAGAGGGACCUGCUCUCACCUCAUCUGGCCCUGCUGGUGCUCGAGUCCCUUUGGGCUUUUAUGGGGAUGCUCUGGCCUGAGUCAGGGGAGCUGCUGCCCAUUGCAGAGGCUCUACAACAAGGGGUCAUCUCGGGAGAGCUGGCUCUGAACAUCCUGAGACAACGCCACACGAUAGGUGCCCUGUACCUUCCUGAAACCCCCAAGGUCGUGUCCCUGAAUCAGGCUAAGGAGGUCCUUGAACCCAAAGUGGCUGAGAUUCUGAAAGCGAUUCAGAUCCCAGAUGUGCUACACAACAUGAACCAGUCAGGCUCCCCAAAUCUAAAUCGCCUAAGCUGGGGCUCCACUGGGUCAUCCCCUCCCUCCUCACCACCUGCCUCUUCCCCAGAGCACACAUGUAUUCCCUCAUUUCUGGAGGAGAUGGCCCCUGAGGAACAGGCACAUCACCGCCUGCUUUUCCAUUUAAUGACCCACAGUUAUAUAGAUGCACAUUCUGGCCAGCGCUUAGUGUUGUUCGAGCCUGAGCUGGUGGAACUUGUCAAGGCUGCUACUGGUCUGAUCAAUGAGGAUCCUAUACCUGGAGUGGUGGUGUCAGGGUUGAGUUUGACUUCACAGAGACAGGAGUUUAUGGAAGUAGUGCCAAUUGUAAGUUUGGCAGAUAAUCAGCAGACAAGGGAAAUCGGAGAGGUCCAGGAAGAGAGUGCAAAAUUCAGCUCGUCUGAAAAAUAUGUUUCCUCCAGAAAGAUGGUAGAAGAAGCUGAUAGUCAAGGAUGGGAUGGUACAUCUGACAUGAUAUUGCCGGCUAAGCAAACUGGAAUUAAGGAGAUGGGACAGGUAGACCUUGACUCAACCAUGAGAAUAAGUGAGAAGGUAGAUGGAGGUGUACAUAAAGAAGUAAAAGGUGAAAAGGAUGAAAUUGUUAUUUUUGAAAGUGUCCAGCCCUCAGCUGGACUACCAGAAAAGCAAUUAAUUACAGGCUCGUAUGAAGAGGGGCUGGUAGAGAUUGAAUCAGAGGGAGCAAGAGAGAGUCACCAAAAGACAAAGGAUAAGGACUCACUCAUGGAAGAUAUUGGCGGCACACUUGUAGAAGCCUCAGAAAUGUACUCCACACCUUUUAAGACCGAGGCAGAGAUGCCAACCCAAUCUCAUGCCAACCCUAUUCCACCAUCAGAGACUAAUGAAAAUGAGAGCAUGCCUGUGAGUGUUGGAGUUAAACAUACUAUGAAGGAUUCUCAGAGGGUCACAGUGAAGACCCCACCCCAGGUUAUGAGUUUAGAGGCAGCAGCAGUAAAGAGUGAGGAGGAUGUUGAGCUGGAAAGGUUGACCUCAGAGCUUCACCAAGGGGGUCUACUGAUGGAAGGAGGGCAGCGGCUUCUCCCAGAUGAAGCCGUGGCUCAGGGGGUCCUCCCUGGACACACUGCAGUCAAGCUGAUGGCCAAGGCAGGACUUUUCGGAGGUUUCCUGGAUGUCAGCGCGUGCGAAUCUCUGAGCAUGGAGGAUGUGAUGCAGGAGGGUCUGCUUGACGAAGACCUGAUGUGGAGUGUGCUGAAAUCAGAGAAGACCCUGGCAGGGGUAGUGGAUGUAGAGAAGGGGAAGAUUUGUACCCUGAAGGAUGCUGCUCAGGCAGGCCUGAUAGACUCCAACACAGCUGCUCGGCUCCUGGAGGCCCAGGUGGUCUCAGGGGGAGUGGUUGACCUGCGAAGGGAUAAGAAAGUGUCUGUUACCCUGGCAGCCAACCUUGGGCUGAUAGAGGAGGACCAACGAGAAAAGCUAGUUGCGUUGGAGAAGUCAUACCGUGGAAAAUACUCAGACCCAGAUUCAGCACUAACCAAAGCAACGUUGCAGCUGCAAAUGGAUGGGGUUGUCGAUCCCAAAACGAAGUCACCUGUUCCCCUAAAGCUGGCCCUUGAAAGAGGUUUCCUUGGGCAGAAGGAAGUCUAUCAAGCCUUGUCUCAGCAAGUGGCAGAGGGUGGCAUCGUGCACUACAACUCUGGAGUUAGACUGUCAGUUGCUGAUGCUUUGCUGCGAGGUCUGGUAGAUCGUGCCAUAGCCCCAGAACUGGGGGAGUUAGAGAGAGCAUGUCAGGGGGAAGUCGCCCUCUCUUCAAACCCAGAUGCUGCCCUCCUCCAGGCAUCCACAGGUGCCAUUUUGGACCCUGAUUUAAAUUGUAGACUUACAUUGACAGAGGCUGUCUCCGAUGGUCUGCUCGAUGAGAGCACUGCCAAGAAAGCAAUGGUUUCUCCAGGUGUAACACAAGGUUUGUUGGAUCCACAAAGUGCCCAAAUUGUGCCUUACUCAGACCUUGUAAACCAAGGCAAGAUUGACAUUAAGAGUGGAAAGCGCUUCUUGGAAGUGAAGCCUUUCAAGGGAAUCCAGGAUAAGCAAACAGGUGAAAUCCUGAAUUUAGCUGAAGCAAUUGCAUCUCAACAAGUUGAUCCGGUCCCAGCGCUCAGAAUGUUGCAAAGCCAGGCAGACACUGGAGGAAUUAUUGAUAUUUCCAAUGGAGCUAGGCUCCCUCUGCCUAAAGCCUCUAAGAAAGGGCUGGUGGGAGAACAUAUGGCCAGGCUCAUUGCCACCAACCAGGUUCUGAAAGGGGGCUUGUUUGACCCUUCCACGGGGCAGAGAGUCUCUAGCCUGAAAAAAGCUGUCAAAUAUGGGCUUAUAUCCAGAGAAAUGGCUGCAGAACUCCAGGGCAACUUGGGCUCCAUGGACGUAGAAUGUGACGAUGAGGAUAGUUCAACACCCAUUGCCUCUUCAGAUGGGACCUAUAGUCCUGCAGUCACAUUAUCAAUAUCCAGUCCAGACAGCCAAACCAAAAUAAUUAUUGAAAGCUCUGAAGUUAUUUCUCCAUCCCCACAUCCAGAAGAGUCAGAAAAGGGGUAUAACCCUUUGAUGAUCACAGAGGACAUUGUAAAGACUCUAGAAGCUGGAACGUUCAAGCAGUCAGAAGAUCUGCAACACCAUGGCUCUGUACACAUUGAAGAAGAGAUGGAAGAUGGAGAGGUCUCAAUAGCCGGGAAGUCAUUUGACAUCGAGUCAGACCAGUCAAUCAAUUUGUUGGCUCAGUUUGCAAUCAAUGCAGAGAAAAGGGUUCAGCAGGCCCUUCAGGAGAUGGCGACUCCGCAAGAUGUUACUGUUCGACCACCAGAAAAUGAUAAAAAGGGGUCUAGACCUGUGGGUGAAAGUAGUUCAGUCUUGCAGCAGGGGCAGUCUGCUAUGGGCAAAGAACCACGGAUGGACUCGACAGGGGCCAUUUGCAGAGAAGGUAGGGAUCAACAGGGCAACAUAGAUAUUUCUACACUGGUUGAGAGAGAUGAAGGGAAGACAAAUGUGGUAGAAGACAGUACUGAGAGUGUGGUGGAGCAAGUUGGAAUGGAGGUUGAGAGGGACACAAAGAUUGAGGUCACAGAGCGUGAUGAUCUUGGACAUGCAUCACCCCCUUCUAAGGAGGCUGAAGGUAAGAGCAAAAAGAAGAGGAGGAAUAAGAAGAAAGGAAAAGGGGAGGUUGACAUUGAGCAAAGACCCUCAGAAGAAGCUGAUAUUCAGAAAAUGGAAAACAAAGACCAGAAUGUACAAUCGAAGGAUAAGGGUGUUGAGUUCACCAGAGGUUAUGUUACCCCGCAGGAGAAAGAGGAGUCCCUUGUGCAAGAUGUUCAAUCUGCACUUGAAAGUGCCAGGGCACGGACUGUUGAGAGGUUUGGAGAUCCAGAAGAUAUUGGCAAAGUAAGGGAAGCUUCUGCUGUUCCGCUUGGAGUCAUAGAAGAUGCUCUUGAGGUAGAGAGAGAUGGUACAGAGUAUAAGGUCUCCGAGGACCAAAGACGGGUGGAGAAGAACAAAACGUCUAAGAUACCUAUGGCAUCAGAGAAGGUUGAACCUGUGACAGAGAAGAUACCAUCCAUCCAUGAUAAAGCAGGUUCUGAAGUGACAGUAACGAAGGGUGUUCUCAACAGCUUAGACAAAAAGUCUAAGAUAACCAUAGUAGCAGAAAAGGUUGAAUCUGUGGCAGAUGAGCGAUCGUCCAUCCAUGAUAGAGUAUCCAUUCAUAAUAGAGUUUCUAAGGAUGAGCAAACGCGGGAGGGCGAGCACAUUGUGGGAAAGAGUGAUUCAGAUGGGGAGAAGACGGUUUCUCAACAGACUGGACAACAGGAGCAUAAGGAUAGAAAAGAGGUGGAAUUCACUCUGAAAACCCCCCAGGCAGCAAAUGACAAAGAGGCCCUUUUACGGAAGGCAAAAGAGAGUAUCUUGAGGAAGGUGUUUGGGCGAGGUGUUAGUGAGAAGCAAGCUGCAGAUGAGCUAGAGGCACUGCGUCAGGGAGUGGGGAAGAAGGAGAGUUUGGUGACAUCUGUAGAGGAAUUUAAGACUGUAGGGAGUCCUGAGGUUUCACCAGAAGAGAGUAAAGGAAUUGACAAGAAGGAAGGAGAAAGAGAGAAAGUUCUGCCUCGCCAUUCUAUGAUUCAUGUAGCAGCAGAGGAAGUGGAAAAAGCUCUGCCAUACCAGGUUAAAAGAGGAAGGAAAGAGGAGAAAGUUUUACUAGACCAGGCUAAAGAAGGAGAGACCGAGGAGAAAGUUCUACUAGACCAGGCUAAAGAAGGAGAGACUGAGGAGAAAGUUCUACCAGACCAGGCUAGAGAAGGGGAGAAAGUUCUACCAGACCAGGCUAGAGAAGGGGAGAAAGUUCUACCAGACCAGGCUAAAGAAGAAGAGAAAGAGGAGAAAGUUCUACCAGACCAGGCUAGAGAAGGGGAGAAAAUUCUACCAGACCAGGCUAAAGAAGGAGAGAAAGAUGAGAAAGUUCUACCAGACCAUGCUAGAGAAGGAGAGAAAGAGGAGAAAGUUCUACCAGACCAGGCUAGAGAAGGAGAGAAAGAGGAGAAAGUUCUACCAGCCCAGGCUAAAGAAGGAGAGAAAGUUCUACCAAACCAGGCUAGAAAAGGAGAGAAAGGGGAGACUGUUCUACCAUCUCAAACAGACCAGCUUAAAAAGAUGAUGCCGGGAAAGAAAAAUCAGAAGAACAGAAAGUCUAAGAUGCAUAGAGUGGUAGAAAAAGUUGAACCUGCGACAGAGGAGAAGCCAUCCAUCCACAAUAGAGCAGAUUCUGAAGUGAAAUCCAUACCGGCUGAUCUUGAGAGCUCAGUCUCUGGGGAUGAGCAGAAGCUUGAGGAGCAGCAAGACAGUAAAUCAGAGGAGCUGAACAAAAUGGCUGCCUCUACCAAGAGUCUUAGUGGAGUUGACGCCAAUCAACAAAGAUCAACCCACACCACUGCACCGUACCAAAUCAAUGCACAUCUUGAGGAGAAAACUAAGGAGGAUAUUUCUUUGAGGAGAGAAAUUGACCCACAUGGCAAGGAAAUUGAACAAUUUAGGAUUGGUACACCUGAGAAGGAUGUCCACCUAGACACCCAUCGUGUUAUUGACAUUGUGGAUGCCUCUCCUGAAGCCCUUGUAUCCAUGUCAGGUGCCCAUCUGGUCAAGGCCUCUGUGGCUCCAGGUACCCAGACUGCUAAGACCACAGAGGAAAUGGAUGCACAUCUGGUGAAAGAUACUAAGGAGGACAGGUCUCUGAGCAAACAAACUGAUCUUCCUGGCAAGGACAUUGAACAACUAAGAAUUAGUACACCCGAGGAGGCGUCUUUGGCACCUGCUACCCAGCCAGCAGAAACUACUGGCAAAGGGAAGAAGAAGAAGAAGCAACAGCAGCAAGAACAACAGGAGCAGAAACUUGACAGUGAAACUGAGUGUAAAGAGGAACAGUCCCUUGAGGAGUCCACAGAAUCAGGACAGUCCUGGUCUGACGAGAGCCCACAGUCUGAUGCAAAUGAGGUGCCCGAAUCUGAUACAACUGAGAGCUGGGAGGAGGAGGAUGGAGAAAUCCAAGAAUUGGAGAUAAGGAAAGAGAAGAGCCCAGCUAAGACGGGAAAGUCCUCGUUGCUCCGCCAGGAAUUCCUGGAACAUGACCAGCAAAUUGUGGCUCUGCUCUCUAUGGUGAGACACAUCGAGGUUCGCCUCAAGCAGCAGCAGCAACAGUCGAUUGGUCGCAGCCUCAUUGCCCUUGAUGACAUCAUCAAACAGACAGAGACCUUGGAUCUAGAACUUUGGGAUUUAGAAUCCCAGGUCAAAAAGGAAGUGGAUGCUGCUGAGCAGCUGCUGGAGCCCCGCCCACAGGAAGUACCACCUCAGCUACUAUUGGCCUUGGAAAAGGAUGGGCGAAGCUUAGCUCGAGGUUACGAGGCUGCCAGAGGGGUUUCAGAAAACAUCCUGCAGGGGCUGCGCGCACACAGAGAGGCACAUAAGGAGGCAGUGACUGGGGAACAGAGGUCACUUGGGAGGCGAGUAGAGGAUCUUCUCUUCUGGCUGAAGGAGACUGAGGCACAAAUGACAGGAAUGGAUGGACAAACCCAGGGCGAGACUCCUCCUCAGCGCACACAACAGCUCCAGCUAUGCAAGGAGUUGCAGUCGUCUCUCUCGGCCCGCUCCAAUGACGUGAACGCGCUUGCCUUUGACAUCCAGGUGUUCAUCUCGGAGCGGGCUCAGGACCUGGCUCCAGAACAGAGCAGGCACCUCCUUGGGCAGCUACAACAGCUGCAGAGGGGCUUCCACCGAGCCUCUGGCCAAGCCCACGCCAAGACCGACACCCUCGCCGCCCAGAGAGAGAGGGAGGAGGAGAGGCAGCGCAGGCACAAAGAAAAAGAAGAGGAAGAGAAGGAGAGAGAAAGAGAGAGACAGAGUGCAAGGGAGAGAGAGGUGGUGCAGCAGCACAAAGCAGAGUGCUCACAGAGAUUGGAAGGCCUUACAAUGUGGUUGGCUGGAGCUGCCAGCGUGCUGGCCAAUCAAAGAGCGGGAGCAGAGUCGGGUGACGUGAAUGUGCUGCAGCAGAAACAGAGCGAGCUAAAGGAAGUACAGAAGGACCUGCUGACCAGAGGCGAGGGCGUGGCGGAGACCAUCCGCUCGGUGGAGGAGUUCCUGGCGGAGCACGGUGACAGCCUGAGUCCAGAGGACAGGGCCAACCUCCAGGGGGCACUGUCCCGUAUGAAGGAGCAGUACAGUGCCCUGACCGACACGGCCGACUCCUCCCUGGCCCAGCUGGACACGGCCAUCAGCACCACCGUCCAACAGAACACACAGCGGGCGAAGGCAGUAGAGGACCUGCAGGAGACCCGGUGUCAGAUCGACUCGCUGCUGCAGGAGCUCUCCUCCCUGAACCAGCCUGGGAGAAUAGGAACUGGCAUGACUGUUACUGACCACCCCUCCUCGCCAGAGGGAAGACUACAAUCACACAGUGACAUGCUCCAGACGGAGCUCCAGCAGCUCCAGGCCCAGCAGGCCCAGCUGAUGCAGGUGUCCCAGAACGCUCGAUCCCUCCUGGACCAGCCCGACUCGGCCGUGCCAGCCGAGGAGAAACGGCGUCUGCGGGACCAGCUAGACCAGCUCCAGACCCAACACCAGGAGAAGCUGCGGGCCUGCCAGGAGAGGCUGAGGCGCUCUGAGGCCCUUAAGGACGAGCUGGUCAAGUUCCUCCAGGAGCACGGAGGCCUGGGGACCUGGCUGGAACAGAGUGAGGGGGAGCUGGGUUCCUUAGGGGAAGGAGAGACUGACGCACAGGGCCUGAAGGGGAGACUGGAAGAGCACAAGAAGCUGGCGGAGGAUGUGAUCUGCCACAAGGCAGACCUGCGCUUCGUGUCCAUCUCGGGUCAGAAGGUGCUGGACUCUGUCCAGGGGGCUCUGGAGAAGGUAGGAGGGUCUGACCCAGCCCUGGAGGAGACCAAGCAGCUGGUCACGGACAAGCUACAGGACGCCAACCACCGUUACACCGCGCUGCACACCAAGUCGUCAGAUCUGGGGGGGCGUCUGUCGGGUCUGUUGGAACGCUACCAGCAGUACCAGGACGAGGCUGUGUCGCUCCACACCUGGCUCAGCACCCAGGAGCAGAACCAGAGUAUAGCCGGACCCAGCGGAGAGACUGACACACAGACACUACAGAACACACUGCGGGCCGUACAGCUGUUGCAGGAUGAACUGGCGGAGCGGUCAGUCCAGUUGGAGAAGGUGAGGAGGGCAGGCAGAGAGCUGGCUAACACACAGGAGUCCCCCACUCUCAGAGCUGCCGAGAUCAUCAGCACUGCAGAUGGUCUGGAGAAGAGGUUCAGCUCUCUGUCUGAGUCCGUGUCCGAGCGAGCUGAGCAGCUCCAGACGUCCGUAGCCCAGUCGGUCAGUGUCCAGGAGGGACUGAAGGGCCUGCUAGCCUGGCUGGACGGCCUACUGCUGACCCCCGGGCCUGUCCAACCCACCGCCCAGGCUGUCCAGGAAGCCCUCACACAGAAUCAGAAACUACGCCAGGAGCUGUUAUCCAGACAGGGCAGUGUGGAGGCCACCUGCGACUCGGUCUCCAAACUGCUCCAGAGCUCUGACGCCUCCACGGCCUCCGGGCUCCAGGGGUCACUAGAGCGCCUGAGCCGGCACUACGCCGCGGCACUGGCCAAGCAGGCCGAGAGGGAGGCUGAGCCGGGGCUCCUGCCCAAGCUGGAGAACUAUGAGAGACUGAGUACGGACCUGCAGGGUUUUACUCAGACCAGGCUGAGAGCUUUGAGCCCCGCGGGACAGCCUGACCGCAGUGUGGAGGACUACAGACAGACCAUUGAGGAGGUGAGAGCGGAGCAGGAGCAGGAGGCAGGUCAACUGAAGUCAUUCUGCCAGCUGGGGACAGACCUCAGCCAAGCCAAGGCCCUGACCAGCACACAGACCCUACUGGACAACGUCAGAGAGGUGUCCGAUGAGUUCGCCCGACUGGAAUCCAACAUCACUGAAAGGAACAACGCCAUCCAGAGUUGUGAGCAGCGGUUGGGCCACUUCCGGUCUCUCUCUAGCUCCCUCCUCAGCUGGCUCCACACAACACAGGAGCAGCUGCCUCCCAAAGAGGCCAACCUCAAUGCAGAGGCCCUGCAGAGGAGAGUGCAGCAGCUCGAGGACUUACUGAGCGACUGGGAGGCCCAGGGGGUUCGGGUUCAGGAGCUGAACAAGACUGGGUCAGAACUGGAGACCCUCAUCAUCAACAUCACAGCCCCCCAGGCCAAGACAGGUGUUCCCCAGAUCAAUGGUGCAGACAGCCCCAGCAGGGUCAAUGGCAUUCACACAUGCAAAGACCUGACAGAGAUGCAGGUGGCGGUGGCGGAAGUGAGCGGACAUUACGAGGAGCUGGGAGGGGAACUGAAGAACAGACGGCGGAACCAGGAGGCUUCUCUGGAGCUCAGACAGAAGGCCAGCCAGGGUACCGAGGAGCUCAGCCGCUGGCUGGGAGACCGGGAGAACAGCCUGCACCUGGGCCAGACUACCACCUCCCCCUCCAAACCUGAGUUGGUACGCGCCCAGGCCCAGGAGAACAAGGCCUUACUGUCUGAGCUGGCAGAGCAUUCUGGGAAGGUGGAGGAGCUGAAGAGCACCCUGGAGAAGCUGAUAGCAGACAACCCAGACUCCCCAGAGGCAGACAGCUGGAGACAACAAAUGAAGGAGAUCGACUCCCGCUGGGCAAAGGCCAAUGAGACGGCAGUACAGAGGCAGACGGAACUGGAGACCUGUGCUGAUAGGCUGGGCAGCUUUGCCACAGCAGCCAGUCAGUUGGGGCCGUGGCUCAGAGAGAAGGAGCUGAUGAUGAGUGUGCUGGGACCCCUGAGCAUCGACCCCAACAUGCUGAACACCCAGAAACAACAAGCCCAGUUCAUGCUGCGUGAGUUUGAGACCCGGCGGCCCCAGUUCGACCAACUCACCCAGGCGGCCGAGGGCAUCCUUUCACCGUCUGGUGGCGACUCCUCCCCGCAGGAUGCCAAGGACCUAGCGGAGGUCCGGUCCGAGCUAGGCUCCAUCUCUCAGCAGUGGGACGACCUCACUCAACGUCUGUCCCGGCGCUCGGAGGACAUCGACCAGGCCCAGGGCACCAGCGAGCGAUACCAGGCCCUGCUGAAGGACCUUUCGGUCAGCGUGGGGGCGCUAGGUGAGCGGCUGGAUGGCCAGGCCUCGCUCAGUGCCCAGCCUGAGGCCCUGAAACGGCGUCUGCAGGAGACAGGCGAGAUCCGCUCUGAGCUGGAGCAGAGGAGGGAUGAGCUGGGCGAGGCGGAGAAGCUGUGCAGCGAGCUGAGCGCCAUCGUGAUUGAACCUUACCUGAGAGACGAGCUGAAGAAGAGGCUGGAGAGUGUGAGGAGCCCGCUGAGGAGCCUGGAGGAGAGGGCCACUGACGGUCUGUCUCAGCUCCAAGCUGCUCUCUCAAGCACCCAGCAGUUCCAGCAGAUGUUCGAGGAGCUGCGGAGUUGGUUGGACAACCAGGGUGGUCGAAGAGACUCUACCGCCGACUCCCUCCCCUGCCAGCCCGAGGCUAUCCGGACCCUGCUUGCCCAGCAAGACGAGCUUCAUCGCGGGGUGGCCAGCCAACGUGGCCCCUACGAGCUCAUCCAGGCCGAGGGGGCCUCCCUGCUCGCCAAGCUACCCGCCGGGGGUGAAGAACGAUCAGCCUUACAGUCCCGGCUCGCCACCCUACGCCAGGACUGGGAUGAGCUUAAUCAGUGCAUCGUGGAACGCCAGAACCUGCUGAAAACCGCCCUGACCAAGGCCGAGAGUUACCAGCAACACCGCGCCAAGCUCACGCCCUGGGUGACAGAGUGCGAGAAGCGGGAAGCUGACAUCCAGCCCUCCCUCGACCCAGCGGCCCUGGACAAGGCCUUGCAGAAGGCCAGGCAGCUGGGGUUAGACCUGGAGCACCAUCGCCCCCUCCUGGAGGAUUUAAACACAGCGGCCGACCAACUCCUGGAACACUGCCACGUCGGAGAGGAAGACAUACGCUACGAGAAAGCCCAACUCAACCAUAGAGUCGACGGGCUGGCAGAAAAACUCCAGAACUGUGUUUCCCAACUGGAAGAGUUAGCGGAUCGACUGAAGGAGUUCGAGGACGGGCGGCAGGCGGUGGAGAGGAGGCUGGAGGCAGCGCGGCAUCAGAUCGAGGUGCAGGAGGCGCUGGGCCCACAGGCGUGCAGCAACAAGAGCCUGGAGCGGCUGAGGAGCCAGCAGGAGACGCUGCACUCGCUGCAGCCACAGGUGGCCUACCUGAGGGAUCUGGCCCAGGGGCUGGUGCAGGACGCACCCCACACAGCAGGGGGCGGCGGAGAGGGAGGACAGCGGCUGGAGCAGCAGGCCCGAGACACAGACCGAGAGUUUGGAGACGUCAGCGAAAAGAUUGAAAAGUGCUGUUCCACCCUGGAGUCCCGUCUCCAGGGUGUGGGGAUCCAGUCCUCGGUACGCGACCUCUUCUCCCGCCUGUCCGACCUGGACGACGAGCUGGACUCGCUGAGCCCCGUGGGGCGCGAUGCCGACUCGCUCGCCUCGCAGGCGGAUGCCGUCCGCACUUUCCUGGCUCGCCUGGCCACGUUGAGGUCGGAGCUUGAAGGUCACGGGGGCGACUGCACCGCCAUGCUCCGCCGAGAGGGGUCGUCUCCCGAUCUCCUCGCCCUGAGGAGAGAGACUGAGGCCCUGAGCCGCCAGGCUGGGAAGCUGGCCGAGAGGGGCCAGGCCAGACUGGAGCAGAUCGAGGCAGCUGCCGAGAAGGUGGGAGAAUUCUACGCCCAGGUGGCGGAGCUGCAAGGGCUCCUGGGACGGGCAGAGGAAGGGCUGAACUCGCAGGGCGUGGUGGGGACGGAGGUGGAGACCAUCAAGCAGCAGCUGCACGAGUUCAAGGCGGUGGAGAGGGAGCAGGUGGACAGCAUUCAACCCAAGCUGCAGCACGUGAACGCGGUGGGCCAGGGCCUGAUCCAGAGCGCAGCCAAACACACAGACACCCAGGCUCUGGAGCAUGACCUAGAGACCACCAACCUCAGAUGGAACUCCCUCAACAAGAGGAUUGCAGAGCGCAUCGCCCAGUUGCAGGAAGCUCUGUUGCAUUGUGGGAAGUUCCAGGAUGCCCUGGAGCCUCUUCUGAGCUGGCUGAGUGACACGGAGGAGCUGGUAGCCAAUCAGAAGCCCCCGUCAGCCGAGUACAGAGUGGUCAAGGCCCAGAUCCAGGAACAGAAGCUGUUACAAAGACUGCUGGACGACCGCAGAGCCACUGUUCAGAUGAUCCAGGGAGAGGGAGAGAGGAUCGCAGCCACGGCCGAGACACAGGACAAAGACAAGAUCCAGAAACAACUGGAGAGUCUGGGAGAGAGAUGGGACGAGCUGCUGGAGAAAGCCAGGGCAAGGCAGUGCCAAUUGGAGGAUCUGCAGGCGCUGGCACUUCAGUUCCACGAGGCAGUGGAGCCUCUUGGAGAGUGGCUGAGUGCCACCGAGCGACGCCUGAGCACCGUCGAGCCCAUGGGAACCCAGACUUCCAAGAUCACCCAACAGAUUACAAAACACAAGGCCGUCCAAGAGUCCGUCUCCUCUAGAGGAUCCGAGGUCAACCGCCUCGAGGCCCUCGGCCAAUCCCUGGCGCCCCUCAGCUGCGCGGCCGACCGCGAUUGGCUGAGGGAGCGUGUGGGGGCGGUGCGGCUAGGCCACUCGGAGCUCAGUGAUUGGUGCCAAUGCAGGGCCGUCAUGCUGGAGCAGGCCCUGGCCAAUGCCCAGCUGUUUGGGGAGGAUGAGGUGGAGGUGCUCAACUGGCUGGCUGAGGUGGGCCAGCGGCUGGGACAGGUGUCUGUGCAGAGCUACCAGCCAGGGGUCCUCACCCAGCAGCACAAGCACUCACUGUCUCUGAAUGAAGAGAUAGUGAGCAGGAAGAAGCAGGUUGACCAGGCCGUCAAGAACGGACAAGCCCUGCUCAAGCAAACCACCGGUGAGGAAGUUCUGCUGAUCCAGGAGAAGCUGGACGGUAUCAAGUCUCGCUACGCUGAGAUGACGGGCGGGAGCAGCAAAGCCCUCCGCAUCCUGGAGCAGGCCCUGCAGCUGAGCACGCGAUUCGCCAGCGCCCACGACGACCUCAACCACUGGUUAGACAAGGUGGAGGCGGAGCUCAACGUCAUGGAGCCCGACGCCACGCCAGCCUAUCAGGACAGACAGAAGGAGCUGAAGUGUGUGUCGGCGGAGAAACGUCUGGUUUUGGACACGGUCAACGAGGUGGGCAGUGCCCUCUUAGACCUGGUGCCCUGGCGUGCCCGCGAGGGCCUAGACCGCCUGGUGGCUGACGCCAACCAGCGCUACCGAGCGGCGGACGAGACCAUAACCCAGCGGGUACAGCUGGUACAGGCUGCCGUCCAGAGGUCACAACAGUAUGAGGAGGCGGUGGACGCGGAGCUGACCUGGGCUGGGGAGACGGAGAGGAAGCUAUCCUCCCUGGGUCCUCUGAGUCUGGAGCCUGACGUCACCGUGGCCCAGCUACAGGUCCAGAGGGCCUUCAAUAUCGACAUCAUCCGACACAAAGACACCGUGGACCAGCUACUCCACACCAGGGACGACAUCCUGGAGACGUGCAGCGACCAGCAGAGAGACGCUCUGGUGGUGAAGACUGACUCGCUGACUGCCCGCUACGAAGUGGUGAGCCAGCGGCACCAGGAGCGUUUCUCAGCCCUGGAGCAGGCCCAGGUCCUGGUGGCCCGCUUCUGGGAGACCCAGGAGGAGCUGGAGCCCUGGCUGGGGGAGACGGAGACCCUUAUCGCCCAGCUGCCCCCACCUGCCAUCGACACCGAGGCCCUGCGACUACAACAGGAGCAGAUGAGGCUCCUGAGGGAGUCCAUAGCGGAGCACAAGCCCCACAUCGACAAGCUGCUGAAGAUCGGCCCCCAGCUGGCCGUUCUGAGUCACCAGGAGGGGGCCACGGUGAGGCAGCGCUACAGCGACGCCGAGACACGCUACGCGGCCAUCAAGGAGGAGGUCAAGGGUCGCGCCGCCACCCUGGACGAGGCUGUUUCUCAGUCUGCGCAGUUCCAUGACAAGAUGGACCCUCUAUUGGAGACCCUGGAAGGGGCUGUGCAGCGCCUCCGUUCCCCUUCUCCCGUGGCGGCGGAGGCAGAUAAGAUCCGGGAGCAGCUGGCUGAGCACAAGGCUACCGGGCUGGAGCUGGACAAACUGCUGCCCUCCUUCUCUGCCCUGUGUGCCCGCGGCGAGGAGCUCAUCAGUAGAGCAGCCCACGACGAUCCUGCCGCUGAAGCCGUGCAUUCCCGUCUCCUGCGUCUGCGCUCCCUGUGGGAUGAGAUCCGGCAGAGGGCUGAGGACCGGGAGGGGAAGCUGACGGACGUCUUGGACCUGGCUGGGAAGUUCUGGGCCGACAUGGCGGCGUUACUGAGCACGCUCCGUGACUCGCAGGACAUCGUCAAGGAGCUGGAGGACCCCGGGGUGGACCCCUCACUCAUCAAACAACAGAUAGAGGCGGCUGAGGCCAUCAAGGCCGAGACAGAUGGGCUGAGGGAGGAGCUGGAGUUUGUACGAACCCUUGGGGCUGAACUCAUCUUCGCCUGCGGAGAAACAGAGAAGCCUGAGGUCAAGAAGACCAUUGAUGAGAUGAAUGUGGCCUGGGAAGGCCUGGACCGGACGUGGAGAGAGAGGAUGGAGAGGUUGGAAGAGGCCAUGGCUGCUUCUGUGCAGUACCAGGAUGCAUUGCAGGGCAUGUUUGACUACCUGGACAACACAGUGAUCAAGCUCUGUGACAUGUCCACUGUGGGCACUGAUCUGGGAACUGUCAAACAGCAGAUUGAAGAGCUCAAGCACUACAAGGUGGAGGUGUACCAGCAGCAGAUAGACAUGGAGAAGCUGUGCCACCAGGGGGAGCUGUUGCUCAAGAAGGUCUCGGACCAGAACGACAGAGACAUGAUCCAGGAGCCCCUCACGGAGCUCCGACACCUCUGGGACAACCUGGGGGACAAGAUCAUUCACAGACAGCAUAAGUUGGAAGGGGCUCUCCUGGCUCUAGGUCAGUUCCAGCAUGCCUUGUCUGAACUGCAGUCCUGGCUGAGUCACACCCACGCCACCCUGGACACACAGAGACCCAUCAACUCUGACCCCAAGGCCAUCGAGAUAGAACUGGCCCGACACCACGUGCUGAGGAACGACGUGUUGUCCCAUCGCUCCACGGUGGAGACGGUGAACGCGGCGGGGGCUGAGCUGCUGGAGUCCAGUCCCGGGGAGGAGGCCAACCACCUCCGCGGCCAGCUGGACCACCUCAACCGCGGCUGGGAGAACCUGCUACUCAAGACCCAGGACCGGCAGAAACUACUGGAGGCCGCACUGCACAAGGCGGAGGGUUUCCAUGGUGAGCUGGAGGAGUUCCUGCAGUGGCUGAGGAGGACAGAGAGCCAGCUGUCUGCAGCCAAACCCACAGGUGGCCUGCCUGAGACGGCCCGGGAGCAGCUGCAGCAGCACCUGGAGCUUCAGACCCAGUUGGCCCAGCGCGCGGAGCAGUACAACCGGCUGCUGGACGCGGGGGAGUCCAUGUUGCUGUCCCGCGGGGGGGAGGAGGGCGGCCCCGGGGCUGGCACGACCCAGACCCAACAGAACCUGGCCCUGCUGCAGAACAAGUGGGCCAGCCUGAACACCAAGAUGGAUGACCGCAGGGCGAAGCUGGACGAAGCGGUGUCGCUGGCCACAGGGUUCCAGUCCUCCCUCCAGGACACCAUCAACUGGCUGACCCAGGCUGAGCAGACCCUCAACAUGGCUCAGGCCCCCUCCCUCAUCCUGGACACAGUCCUCUUCCAGAUAGACGAACACAAGGUGUUUGUGAAUGAGGUGAACACCCACAGGGAGCAGGUUUUGGCUCUGGAGAAGGCCGGCUCUCAGCUGCGUUUCGCCAGUCUGAAGCAGGAUGUGGUUCUGAUCAAGAACCUUCUGCUGAGUGUACAGGCCCGCUGGGACAAGCUGGUGCAGAGGUCCCUGGACCGCGGCAGACACCUCGACGAAGCCCGCAAGAGGGCCAAGCAGUUUCAUGAGGCUUGGAGGAAACUGUCAGACUGGCUGGAGGAGGCUGAGAGCCGGCUAGACUCGGAGCUGGAGAUCUCCAACGAGCCAGACAAGAUCAAAGUACAACUGACCAAACACAAGGAGUUUCAGAAGGCGCUGGGUUCUAAGCAGCCGGUGUAUGACACCACAGUGAGGUCUGGUAAGGCCAUGAGGGACAAGACCACGCUGCCCGAAGACACCCAGAAACUAGACCACCUACUGGGGGAGGUCAGGGACAAGUGGGACACCGUCUGUGGGAAGAGUGUUGAGAGGCAACACAAGCUAGAGGAGGCCCUGCUGUUCUCAGGUCAGUUUGCUGAGGCCCUGCAGGCCCUGGUGGACUGGCUGUACCGUGUAGAACCCCAGCUGGCUGAAGACCUGCCAGUCCACGGAGACCUGGACUUGGUCUCCAACCUCAUGGACUCACACAAGGCCUUCCAGAAGGAGUUGGGAAAGAGGACAACUAGUGUUCACGCCCUGAAGCGCUCAGCCAGAGAACUGAUGGAGACGGGCCGCGACGACACCGCCUGGGUCAAAGUUCAACUGCAAGAGCUCAGCAACCGCUGGGACACAGUCUGUGCCCUGUCCGUCACCAAGCAGACCCGUCUUCAGCAGGCCCUCAAACAGGCGGAGGAGUUCCGCACGGAGGUGCAGCUGCUGCUGGAGUGGCUGUCCGAGGCUGAGCAGACGCUGCGGUUCCGCGGCGUGCUGCCUGAGGAGGCGGAGACUCUGCAGACGCUGCUCCACACCCACCGGAACUUCAUGGCCACGGUGGAAGAGAAGAGGACCGACGUGAACCGGGCCGCGGGCCAGGGCGAGGCCAUCCUCACCACGUGCCACGCCGACUGCAUCACCACCAUCAAACACUGGAUUACCAUCGUCCGCUCCCGCUUUGAAGAGGUCCUCACAUGGGCCAAACAGCACGAGCAGCGUCUGGAGACUGCUCUGACAGAGUUACUCAACAACGCCACGCUAUUGGAGGAGCUGUUGUCAUGGCUGCAGUGGGCGGAGACCACCCUAGUCCAGCGUGACGGAGAGACCCUUCCACAGGACAUCCCUCAGCUCAAAACACUCAUCACAGAACACCAGGUGUUUAUGGAGGAGAUGACCCGGAAGCAGCCUGACGUGGACAAAGUGACCAAGACUUACAAGAGGAAACCAGCAGAGCCCCCUAGCAGCCUAGCUGAGAGGAGAGGAGCUCGUAAAAACCAGCAGCAACAACCGCAUCAACAACAGGCGGCGAUGCAAGUCGCCGGGGGCAACCCCCGCUUGACUCAGCUAUGCUCAAGGUGGCAGCAGGUGUGGCUGCUUGCCCUCGACCGCCAGCGGAAGCUGAACGACGCCCUCGACAGGCUUGAAGAGCUGAAAGAGUUUGCCAACUUUGACUUUGACGUGUGGAGGAAGAAGUACAUGCGCUGGAUGAACCACAAGAAGUCGCGCGUCAUGGACUUCUUCAGACGCAUCGACAAGGACCAGGACGGAAAGAUCACUCGCCAGGAGUUCAUCGACGGCAUCCUGGCCUCAAAGUUCCCCACCAGCAGGUUGGAGAUGACGGCGGUGGCAGACAUCUUUGACCAGGACCGAGACGGUUACAUCGACUACUACGAGUUUGUGGCGGCGCUGCACCCCAACAAGGACGCCUACCGGCCCACCACCGACGCUGACAAGAUAGAAGACGAGGUGACCAGACAGGUGGCACAGUGUAAAUGUGCCAAGCGGUUCCAGGUGGAGCAGAUAGGAGAGAACAAGUACAGAUUCUUCCUUGGAAACCAGUUUGGUGACUCGCAGCAGUUGCGGUUGGUGCGUAUCCUGCGCAGUACGGUCAUGGUGCGGGUCGGAGGGGGCUGGAUGGCCCUGGACGAGUUCCUGGUCAAGAACGACCCCUGCAGAGUGCAACAUCCUGGACUUAAGAUCCUUCGCUCCGACUCCAGUAGCACCAUUUCAUCUCGUAUAGUGACGGUCACUCCUGGCUAUUUCUGCUGCAGAGCCCGAGGCCGUACCAACCUGGAGCUGCGUGAGAAGUUCAUCCUUCCGGAGGGUGCUUCCCACGGCCUGGCGGCGUUCCGCUCCCGAGGCCGGCGCUCCAAACCCGGCUCCCGCACGGCCUCGCCCACCCGCUCCUCCUCCUCGGCCUCGCACAGCGCACAUAGCUGCGCAUCCUUGCCCUCUGCUCCCGCCACACCCACCGCCUCCUCUAGGUCCUCAAACUCGCGUGGCUAUGCCAAGCCCUGGCUGGCACACAGUAAAACUCCAACACCAACCAAGUGCCAGUCCUGCCCAGACCACGACCACACCACGCCUGGGCAUGAGGGAGCAGCGUCGGGGUCCAAGCUGAAGAGGCCCACCUUCCACUCCAGCCGAGGGUCUCUGACUGGAGAGAAUGGAGGAGCUACACCCAUUUCUACUAAACCUGGACGUACAGACCCCAAGCGUACCCCAUCGGGGGCCAGUGGUCCGGUCAGCCGGGCGGGCAGCCGGGCGGGCAGCAGGGCAAGCAGCCGGCGGGGCAGCGACGCUUCGGAUGCCUCUGAGCUCCUGGAGACUCGCUCGGACACCUCGGACACCCCCCGGCGCCCAGGAGCGGCCAAGCCCUCCAAGAUCCCUACCAUCUCCAAGAAGGCCCCAAGCCCCAAGACACCCGCUUCUGGGAAGAAAUAGUGAAGGAGAUGUCAAAAAGACGUCAUAAAAACGUCAUACAGCCAACCAUAGAGUCGUCAACAUAACAGCGUCAUACAUCUAACUAUCGGGCUGGUUUGACUACAAGGGCUUCCCCAGCCCCCCAAAACACCAGCCAUGAUGAAAUAGGGAAGAUGUCCAGACUAUAGAAUUAGAUCAAGUAGAACGCACCAUCUCCCUUUCAAAGAGACGCUCUAUAGUGAACAGACUACUGGCGGCCAUAUUGGGUGUCACAUUUGAUCCAAACGUCCAUCCAUAGGGCUUGCAUGGGAUUCAUGCACCAAGACUACUGUAUGAAGGGCAGGGAGAGAGAUAGGGGAAAAUAUCUCUCCCUUCCUCCCUCGUACACACACUCUGAAAAAAACCUCUUUGGGGGUGUCUGGUUCGUGCACUUAGACGGAACAGAACUUUCCCCUUUUAAAACCCAGAUCCCAGUUUGCCUUCCAGUCUCCUGUGUGCUCUGUCUCGUAACGGGAUUGUGCUAGACUGUUGUAGAGAAAGCCACAGCAAUUUGAACCGACAACCAACCAACAUAAUGCUGCCUUACUGUGUUACACAUUUUUGUCCUUACUUUUACCUAAUCUGAGUUCCAGAGAACGUUAGGUAGAGCCUUGUAACUACUUUGUGUAUGUACACGCACAGAACUGAAGCACACACACACACACAUUGAGGGGAGAGAUUAAAUGACUCGGAACUUCCUGGAGAAUGGCAUUCAAAAGAACUGGAUUGUGGGUAUUGUGGACAUAAUUUUUUUUCUCACCAUGAGUUCAACUGAAUAUAUGCAAUGAUUGCCGUCUUGUUUCUUUCCUCCCCUGGACUGGGAAGUGAAGAGGAAUGACACUUCAGCAUGUCUAUGGGUCGGGAACAUCCAGACUAGCGUGAAUCUACUGUUCAUUGUCUGGGCGGCGCCACUCUGACCACUUCCUGCACUGAGCUAACUGCCUAAACCUCAAGCCCAGGAGACCGCGGAAGUGGCGGGAAACACACUGCAAUGUCCUCACAAACCCCUGCAACAUUGGAAGUGUGUUUAAAGGUGUGUAUGUGAGUGUGUGUUUGAUGGUAUGGAGGGUUUCUCAUGUUGUCCUAUAAUAUGAAAAGCACUAUUUCUUGGUGGGACCCCACUAACAGCAGAAACGUGACCGUGUGAAACAAUGUAGUCAAUUUGUAAGGACACACAAUUUAAGCGACUAUGAUUCUACGAUUAGAGAUUGAAGACCAGCACACACUGACGGUGUAUCGUUGCCGCUGGAAACCCCAGAGCCGCAAACACAUUUUUGUACACGUGUGUAGUCGUCACGUGUCUACAGGAAUCAAAGGUCAUCGACUUGCGUCACUGUAUGCAAAGAUUUCAUUUGUGAAUGUCUUUCGUUCGGGUUAAUUUAUCAUCCUGUUGUAUUUUGUUUUAGUUUUGCUUUUGUAGUUUAAGAAAACAUUUCUAUUUAUUUUUCAGUUCUGUAUCGUCACCUUGGAGAAUGAUUAGUGUUAAUACAAUGAAAUCAUGAUCUUUUGUACCAAGGAAAAUGUCUGCUCCUCUCUUCAACGUUGUAUGUUAUUACUCCUUAACAUAACUUUACUCAACUAGGAAGCUGACUUUCCAUGGCAGCCUUUUUUGCUAAUGACUACAACUCCCUGAACAUGACCAAAGGGGGUUGCCCUUAUUGUGUUGACAAAGAAAACUACAAAUAUGGAUGACAGGGAACCGAACCCUCAGUGUCCCUCCUUACAGGCGUUUGAAUUGUCAUGUCUUUGAUGGCUGCAAAUGUGCUCCUCUAUUUCUUAAUGCUGAAGUAUAUGAAAGCUUAAUGAACGCAAAUGUCAUCUUGAGGUGAUUUUAUUUAUUUAUUGUCUCCUUGGGGGGCGGGGAUCCGGGGACGCCGAAGAGGAACCCACCUUUUGAUGCGGUGUUAUUCUCUGUGAUGAAGAGAAAAUAUGUCGGUGGGAGGGGGGUUAGAAGUCAAUUGUGUAAAAUAAAAAAAGCUAAGAUUAUAAACCUUUUUUUGUUCUCUUUUUGUAUUAAAAAUAUGCUUGCAGUAAAAAAAAAAAAUGUCAUUUGUCA